AUGAGUGUCACUAAGAAAAACCCAGAUUUUCAGGAUGCUAUUUACUACGUAUCUGAGUCUUGGGAUGCUGUUGAAGAUACAGUUAUCAUUAAUUGUUGGCAAGAAGAGGAUAUCAAUGAAUUGGUAAUAGAUUUGACCACUCAGGACCCGGACCCGGAAAUAGAAAGCCAAUUAAAUACAUAUUUAGGCCUUAAUGAUUUGCAUAUCAUAACUGAAGAAAAGCUUGAGGAUUUAGAGAUUAUUGAAAUUCUAAGGGGUUUAAAUAAAUUUAUUGGUUUUUUUGAACAACAAAUUGAUGAAGAGUUUAAAGCUAAAGACCUUAAAAUUUUUCGAAAAUACUUAGCUUUGGUAAACAGAAAAUAUGUUGUAUCUAAGCACCAAACGUCUAUUAGUAAGUUUUUUACUCCAUUAAAUAAUGAGGAAGGUUAUGAUGCCACGUUGUGA